AUGCUAACAAGCCUAAACCCACAACAGACGCUAACAAACCUACGCCCGCAGCAGGCAGAUGCUAACAAGCCUACGCCCAGAGCAGAUGAUAACAAACCCAUGCCCAGAGCAGAUGAUAACAAGCCUACGAGCACAGCAGAUGCCAACAAACCUACGCACAGAGCAGAUGAUAACAAACCUUCACCCACAGCAGAUGCUAACAAACCUACGCCCACAGCAGAUGCUAACAAACCUACGCCCACGUCAGAUGCAAACAAGCCUAAGCCCACAGCAGAUUCUAAUAAACCUACACCCACAGCAGAUGCUAACAAACCUAUACCCACAGCAGAUGAUAACAAACCUACGCCCUCAGCAGAUGCUAACAAGCCUACACCCACAGCAGAUGCUAACAAGCCUACACCUACUGCAGAUGCUAACACACCUACACUCACAGCAAAUGCUAACAAGCCUACACCCACAGCAAAUGAUAACAAGCCUACACCCACAGCAGAAGCUAAGAAACCUAUGCCCACAGAUGUUAACAAGCCUACACCCACAACAGAUGCUAACAAACCUACGCCCACAGCAGAUGCUAACAAACCUACGCCCACAGCAGAUGAUAACAAACCUACGCCCACAGCAGAUGCUAACAAACCUACGCCCACAGCAGAUGCUAACAAACCUACGCCCACAGCAGAUGCUAACAAACCUAUGCCCAGAGCAGAUGAUAACAUACCUACACCCACAGCAGAUGAUAACAAACCUACGCCCACAGCAGAUGCUAACAAACCUACGCCCACAGCAGAUGCUAACAAAGCUUGCCUGCAGCAGAUGAUAACAAACCUAUGCCCACAGUGA